AUGGCGCAGAAAAUUGGCCCUCUGGUGCACCUCUGGGGCAUCGACCCUUCCCAGCUGCCUGCGGAGACCGCCUCUGGGACGCAGCUUAUACCUCUGCUCACAGGGUUGCUGUCCGAGGCGCUGCCCUUCAUCCACGACGUGCCAGCCGGCCAAGGCGACUCAAGCUCAUCGUGGAAGUUCCGCAAGACGCACAGCUACCCUACCUCCGCGGCCUCCGUGGGCGUCUACGAGAAGAAGAUCCCUGCCGACGCCAUGCGCCGCGUCGCCGCGGACCACGCCGGCCAACUCCCGCAGGUACGCGACGCAGGUGCUGAGACGUGGUUCCUGCGACGCAGCGUGCACGAGGACGCCGCGCGGAGAGGCACGGCGAGCUGGGAAGAGUUUGUCGCACACUUCAAGGCGCACCACGCCGAAUCCGAGAUGGGCUUCACCACGGCCAUCGUUGGGACGACGCCGCGUCGAAGCUGGGAUUGCGCCGGCCUCGCGAUUCGAGUAGGCGGCGAGACGUGGACCGACUGGACGCUCCAGUUGGAGGAGUCGGUGCACCGGCUACCGUUCCCGUUGCGGCGGCGUGUGUUUCCCGUACUGCAGGCGACGGCCGCCGUCGACGGCCGUCGCGAGUUCGUCGUGGUGCAGGUGUUUUAUGCGGGGGAGCCGGCCGCGGCCAACGCCCACGGUACAGUGACAGGCGCAUACACGAGUAUCGAGCGCGUCCGCGAGCUUCCAGGGUCAGAUGACGGCAAGAAGCAGAUUGAAUGGAUCAUGGGCACUGCCUCAGAUGCCAGGGGCAUCUUACCCGAGUUCAUCCAGGCCAUGGCCACGCCGGACCUCGUGCCCAAGGACGUUGAAUUUUUCCUCUCGUGGGUGGUCGGGCAGCGAAAGUAG